GUAGAGAGUUUUCUCCCUAAUUGUCUGCCCCAGUCUUUCCCCGAGUCUAUCACAGAGAGGUUUGUGAAGAAACAAAAGAAUAAUCAAUUCAUACGCGCUACCAUGGCACAGUUUGGCUGUAAUAUUUUUGCUUUGAUGGCUUAUUUCUCUCUUUCUUUGAAGACAUCUGCUACUACGUUACUUUGUCCUGAUGUUAAUUUAUCAGGCAUCUUCCCAAAUGUCCAUGCUCGUAUUCCAGUCUUUGGAGAUCAAAACUCUUAUGAUGGAGGACUACACAUGGCUGUCAUUGCAAAUGUUUGUGAAAACAAUCCAACAAAGCAAACAGUUUGUGGCAUCAUUUUCAGGAAGAAAGAGAAGUUGCCCCUUGAAUCCCUUCAGUUCAUCUGUCUGCCACUGACUAAUGUACUAAAUACUAUGAUCAUACAUGGUAUCGACAACUGCUGUGAAUUUUUAUUCACACGGUUCAGAGGCAGCAAACUUUCAAGCCAGCAUGGAAUUCCAGGCAUCAUUUUCAGGAAGAAAGAGAAGUUGCCCCUUGAAUCCCUUCAGUUCAUCUGUCUGCCACUGACUAAUGUACUAAAUACUAUGAUCAUACAUGGUAUCGACAACUGCUGUGAAUUUUUAUUCACACGGUUCAGAGGCAGCAAACUUUCAAGCCAGCAUGGAAUUCCAGACUGCACCAUCAACAUCAUGCCAAAUUGUGAAAUAUGCAAAAAAAUGCGUCUAAAGAAUUGUGUGGCUCAAUGGAUGCAAGAUCUAAGUCAGAACAGCACUUGUAUAACUAAAAAUAACAUCACAACCAUCACCAAUGAAACGCUUUUACCAAGUGUGAAAACAUGUGAUUGUGAAGGCAUUGAAAAGACAUUUAACAAGAAUGACCUAACCUCUGUCGAUGACUUGAACAGAAAUUGUAAAGGAAAGGAAGAAACAGUAUACCGUUGCGAGAAGUUGCAUUCCAUAAAAAACACAUUUCAACAAGUUACCAAGCAAGGACCUCAGAAAGUGAUCCUAGACAGCAUCAAAGGUUCAGUGACAUCACAUCAGAAGAACAAUUUGCUAAACUUUAGAAUGGCUCUACCCUCCACCAAUAAUGCCACGUUAGAGGAGAUGGAUGACAUUUGGUUGGAGAUUCCUACUGAGGCCUUACGUGUUUUCCUGGGAGACACUGCAGAGGAAGUUAACCUGGGAGUAUUUUGGUUUGAGCAUCGCAGCAUGUUCCCGGUGGAGGAGAACAACACUGAGCUCCUAAACAGUCGAGUGGUAUGCGUCGAUGUGGGAGAGGACAUCUCAGGCCUCAGUAACUAUCUUAAGAUCACGUUCCACUUCCAGAAUGCAUCAGUGGAAAACAAAUCACUAGCAUGUGUGUUCUGGGAUCUUGAAAAUGAUACUGUUGCACAUUGGAAUUCCUCUGGAUGUGUCACUGAGACAAAGGAAAAUGAAACGGUGUGCUCUUGUAACCACCUUUCAUUCUUCGCUGUACUUAUGUCUCCGGUCAGUGGCUCCAGUGCCAGUCUGAGCUCCUCCUCUGUGUGGUUGCUGACGUUGUUGUCCAGGGUGGGCUGUGGAAUAUCCCUCUGUUUCCUGGGUCUGGCUCUCCUCAUCCACCUCAGAAGGGGAAAAUCUGAUGAUUCCCUGUGCAUCCACAUCCACCUGUGUGUGGCGCUGCUGUGCCUCAACCUAACCUUCCUCAUCAACGACAGCCUAGCCUCUCUUGGUGUCCAUGGCCUGUGUGUUGCUACGGCAGCAGCCACCCACUACUCUCUGCUGUGCACCCUCACCUGGUUCUCCCUGGAAGGCUUCCACCUCUAUCUGCUCAUCAUCCGGGUCUUCAACAUCCACAUCAACAGAUACCUCCUCAAACUGGGCCUGGUAGGAUGGGGAAUACCUGGCAUAGUAGUUACCAUAAUUGUUGCUUGUGGCAAAUAUGGAGAAUACAGAAUAUACCAGCAAGACGGUGGUGCUAUUCAAAUGUGCUGGCUGACUGACUCUGCUCUGACCACGGUGUCCUUCUCGUACUUUGUGCUGACAUUCGCGGUGAACAUGCUGUGCUUUGGGUCUGUGACAGUGAAGGUGGUGAGGGCCCACCGUCAGAGUCCUGUCCUGAGGGAGAGGGGUAUGAACAGGGGGACAGUACUCAGUCUGCUGGGUCUAGCCUGGCUCCUGGGGGUCUCCUGGGGGGUCCUGCUCUUCCAGUUUGGCCCCCUGAGGGAGACAGCCUUCUACAUCUUCUGCACCAUCAACUCUCUCCAUGGCCUCUUCCUCUUUCUACGCUAUUGGGCUCUAACUCGGCCAGAGAAGGCAUCUAUCUCCAUGGCAACCACUGUAUCUUCUGGAACUGAGAUGCAUCCAGCUGAAAGGCCAGUCCCUGACUAACACUGUUAAACCUUUUACUACUAAUACCACUGCUUCCAUUUUAUUACAUAAGUACAAUAUUUAGUAUGUUGGUUUAUAACUUUCACUAUAGGCAAACCUAAACAUACAUUAUAAAUCGUAAUUACAAAAUUAAAACUUGUUACCAGGUUUCCUCGGAAAGCUAACUGUGCUCAUAAUACUUUUUUUUUUACUUUUCAAAGUUGUGCUGUUUAUUGCACUUUGUGUGCAUUUUGUUGUAUCUUGUGA